UGGGCCCGUAGAGCCACAGGUGACCCGCCGUUAGCGUUUGCGAUGUACUUUGACCCUCGUCGCUCGCACUACAAUGUCAAAACACGGAAGGCUCGGACGAUGCAUCUGUUAUGGCAAAGGGGAGCCCGAGGAAGAGCUCAGAAGACACAUCUUCAGGCUUGAACCAGGCGACCCAGAAAGAGAUGACACAGCCAGGGACACGCGCCUCCCCCCUCGCCGCCCUGGCUUUGGUCGUGGCCGUCUGCGUGGUGCCGCUGACGGCGCAGAUAUCCGCCUCUGGCCUCUCUCAUCACAAGCACAUAACCCUGAAGAUGGAUGAGGCCAUUCUGACCGUCAACAAUGAGCUGGACACGGAGGUGGUGGUGUCCUGGGUGUCAGAGCGAUGCUACCAGUGUUUGUAUCAGCAGCUGGGGGUGCUACCUGCAGGGCCCGGUCCUGGCCGGCCCAGUUCUGCCAGCUUCGUUGUGAGCACACGCCAUGAAAUGACACUACAGAUGAACAGCACCACGGAGAGCUGCACGAUUCCAUUUCACUUCGGGGAGCAGGGGAACUACUCUCUGUGGGUGAAAAACCUCAACAACUCCUCAGUGGUCAAGUGCUCUGUAGUGACUGACGCGGAACCUGUCAACAGCUACAUACCGAUCUUGGUAGCUUUCCUUGUCUUGGCUGGGCUGGCCCUGUCCUCCGCCAUCGGAACCAAAAUAUUUGGGCUCGACGUCGUGAAGCGUUUCCUGUACCGAAUGAGCGGCUCCAUGGAGACAGAGAGGCUCAUCAACUCUGAGCUGGGCUCCCCUGGCAGGACGGUGUCACUCGUUGCGGACAACAUCCUCCCUCCAGCUCCCAGCCCCAGCAAGAGGCUGCGCUCUCUGGACACAUUCAGAGGUUUGUCCUUGGUCAUCAUGGUGUUUGUGAACUAUGGAGGGGGGCGAUACUGGUUCUUUAGACACGAGAGCUGGAAUGGCCUGACUGUUGCAGAUCUCGUCUUCCCUUGGUUUGUGUUCAUAAUGGGGACGUCCAUCGCGCUGUCCAUCAACUCCCUGCUCCGCGCGGGCUCCUCCCGCCGCUCGCUGCUGGGGAAAGUGGCGUGGAGGAGCAUGCAGCUCUUCGUCAUCGGCGUCUUCGUCGUCAACCCAAACUACUGCCAGGGGCCGCUAUCUUGGGACAACCUGAGGAUCCCCGGUGUGCUGCAGCGACUGGCCUGGUCUUACUUGGCUGUGGCCUGCCUGGAUCUGUUGGUGGCAAGAGGCCAUCUUGACAUCCUUACAGCGGAGGCUUGGUGGUCCCCUGGCGUUGACAUCUUGCUGUAUUGGCCGGCCUGGCUGUGUGUGCUUCUCCUAGAAGCCGUCUGGCUGUGCCUCACUUUCCUACUUCCUGUUCCAGGUUGCCCAACAGGCUAUCUGGGUCCAGGGGGGAUCGGCGACAUGGGCCUGUACGCCAACUGCACCGGGGGGGCAGCCGCUCUCAUCGACCGAUGGCUGCUCGGAGAGAGCCACGUCUACCAGACGCCUUCGUCGCGGGUGAUUUAUGCGACUCGUGUGCCCUACGAUCCAGAAGGCGUUCUUGGCAGCAUCAACUCCAUCCUCAUGGCUUUUCUUGGACUGCAGGCAGGAAAAAUAAUCUUACACUACAGAGAUUUCCACAAAAGUAUAAUGUCAAGAUUUCUCACAUGGGGUCUCCUACUGGGAGUCAUAUCAACCAUUCUGACCAAAUGCUCCACAGACCGCGGCUUGAUUCCCGUCAACAAAAACCUCUGGUCUCUGUCCUAUGUGACCACGCUGGCCUGCUUCGCCUACGUGCUGCUGGUGCUGGUCUACUACGCGGUGGACGUGAAGGGCUGGUGGUCCGGAGCCCCCUUCUACUACCCUGGUAUGAACUCCAUCCUCGUGUACGUGGGCCACGAAGUGUUCAAGGACUACUUCCCCUUCCGGUGGCGGAUGGCCAACAGCCAAUCACACGGCGAGCACCUGGCCCAGAACCUCGUGGCCACAUCCUGUUGGAUCCUCAUCUCCUACGUGCUCUACAGGAAGAAGAUCUUCUGGAAGAUUUAAGAAGAAAAGUGGUGGAACCAGGGGGGGGGCAAGUGAGAAAUGUUCACGACCGGAAUGGACUUAAUAUCUGAAACAUUUGGAAAGCGGGAAACUGGACAUUGAUUCAUUUUUGUCAAAUCUACGGUGGUUCUGCCACUGAAAGUAUGGAGGUUACUUCUGUCACACAGCACUUCUUUUCAUUUAUUGAAUUUUUUUUUUUUUCUUUUUCUUUCAAAGAUCUUCAGAUACGAAACGUCUCGACUCACUCGGGAAGAACGCAAAUAGGGAUUUGAGAACACUGACAUUGUUAAUCAACCAUUUAAUUGUGUUAUAGUAGCUCAGCAGAAGCAGCAGGCCGUCCCGUGCUGGUUCGUUGACUUCCCUUUUAGGAGAAUCCCAGCUGUCGUCUUAAGUGCUGUCACUUUACUCUAAAAAGCGCAAGUGUUUUUUUUAUUAUAAUUUUGUUGUUGUUUUGAAAGUGACCUGAAAUGAGUCGCCCCCGAGAGAAAAGGCCACCAGUAAGUCAUUGGGAUGUCUCGUUAUUUCCACUGCACUGCGGGAGAUGGGGGUGAUAUUUAAACAAGAGGAAACCAGAUGGAAAGGUUUUAAAAUAUGAAAGGUCUAGCUGUCCGCUGCAAUAUAUCAUCAUUCAUAUAUAUUCAUAUCAUAUGCCUCAUUUCUCAUCUUUUCAGGUGUGUAUAAUAUAUAUAUAUAUAUAUAUAUAUAUAUUUUUUUUGCUAUUUCCUGCUACCAGUGCUGUGACAUGAUGCUGCGUGUUACCCAGUAAUGAGGGAAGUGAAGGGGGCGAUGUGAGAUGACUGCAGGGUGCAUGCUUUGCAUUUGUGGGGAGGUCUGCAGAAGGAUGCAUGUGUAUGGGUUUUUCCUUUCUGAUCAGGUUGUUUUUUUUUUUUCUCACUGUGUUGGCUCUUUUUGAGUUGCCAUUUCUUGAAUGUUUUGUGAGUUAAUAGAAAUACUGUACAGCCACAUACAGAAGUUGAAUUGUUGGAUUUAAAGACGUGAUCAUGCUAUUACUCUCACAAUAUUGCACACAUGUACGUUUGGCAGUUAUUACUUUUCUCAAUGCAUUCUGCAAAAUCCUAUGGUCAGUCUGGGAAAUAUCCAAAUGCUGUCUGUGAUUUUGGAAUAAUCUUUCAUCUAAAUUGAUGAAAUUAAUUUAGCCAAACUUUUAUACAUUGUUUGUUUUAUACUACGCCAUUUGAGAAUCAGUUUAUGUAAUAAAAUGUAAAUACAUCCAAGACGUUA